AUGCGUUCCCAAUCGCUCCUCACCCUCCUCUCUACGACCGCCCUCACGUCCGCCACCUCCCCCUUCUACACAGAGCAGCAGCACCCCUUUGUUGGCGCCGCAUCCGACUUCAAAUGCGACCUCCCGCCCGCGGUGACCCCCUCCGACGGCCUCCCCUCCGCAAAGGACCUCUUCACCUCCCCCGAGGCCGUCCGGAAGCAGGUCGAGCGCCAUGCGGCGCUUGUCCGCGUGCCGUCUAUCUGCUACGACGACCUCGGCGACUUCGACACGGACAAGCGCUGGGACGUGUUUUACGAGCUGCACGAUGUCUUGAAGAAGACGUACCCCGUCUUCCACGCCCGCGCAGAGCUCGUCAAGGUAAACACCUUUGGCCUGGUCUACACGCUCCGCGGCACCGACCCCUCCCUGAAGCCCCUCCUUCUCGCCGCCCACCAGGACGUCGUCCCCGUCGCCGACGCCGCCACCUGGACCUACCCGCCCUUCUCCGCCCACUUUGACGGCGAGUGGAUGUGGGGCCGCGGCGUCUCGGACGACAAGAACUCCUUCACCGCCCUGCUGUCCGCCCUCGAGACUCUCCUCUCCCAGCCCGGCCCGGGCGCCGGUUGGACCCCCACCCGCACAAUCAUCCUCGCCUCGGGCUUCGACGAGGAGUGCUCCGGCCAGCGCGGCGCCGGGCACAUCGCCACGCACCUGCAGCAGACCUGGGGCAACGACAGCAUGGCCCUCGUGCUCGACGAGGGCGGCAUGGGCCUGCAGCAGCUCGACGACGGCACCCUCUACGCCCUCCCCGCCGUCAUGGAGAAGGGCCACGUCGACAUCUGGCUGGACCUGCACGUCACCGGCGGCCACUCGUCCGUCCCCUUCCCGCACACGGGCAUCGGCAUCGUCUCCGAAAUGGUCGUCGCCCUCGAGUCCCACCCCUACUCCCCCAAACUCACGACCAGCUCGCCGCUCUACGAGCACAUGGUCUGCCAGGCGCGGUACUCGCCCGACGCCCAGCCGCGCAUCACGGAGCUGCUGGAGGAGGGCGACCUUGACGCCCUCGUGGCGGAGCUGGUGGCCAUUGACCGCCCGACGCAUUACCGCCUGCAGACGUCGCAGAGCGUCGACUACUUCCAGGCCGGCCAGAAGAUCAACGCCAUGCCGGAGAAGAUCCGCGUCGGCGUCAACUACCGCGUCGCGCCGCAGAACAGCAUCCCCGAGAUCCAGCACAACGUCGUCAGCUACAUUAGCGGCAUCGCCGAGAAGUACGGCAUCACCGUCAAGGCCUUCGAGGGCGACCAGGACUACGAGGAGUAUACGCAGCGGCACGGACGGGACUUGGGUUCCGUGAAGAAGCUGGACGAUGCGGUCAAGCCCCUGUACGAGGUCGACUACAACGGCACGCUGUACCUGAGCCGCACCCAGGCGACGCUCCCCGCGCCCCUGUCGCCGACCAAGGGCCCCGUCUGGGACCUGUUCUCCGGCACGUUGCAGUCCACCUUUGCGUUUGACGGGGGCAAAGUCGUGCCCGUCGGCGAGCUCAUGACCGGCAACACCGACACGAGGCACUACUUGAGCCUCACGCGCAACGUCUACCGUUUCGUGCCGAUCCGAAACGGCGCGACCAUCAACGCCCACACCAUUGACGAGAGAAUCAAGAUUAGUGCCCACAUGGAAAUCUUGAGGUUCUACUACGACCUGAUCCGCAACUUUGAUGCCGCAGACGUCUAA